CUAUUUUUUUCUCAAAAAGAGGGAGGGAAUGAGGAAAAGAGUUUGGCAUUGGGCGUCCCCCACAGAAAAGGUGGUAGUGCCAAAAAAGUUGUUUUUGUACAAACUGCUAUUAUGGUGGUGAUGAUGAUGAUGAUGAUGCCUACAACACAAUUUUACAACCCAUUCCCUUUCUCUCUUUCCCUCUCUCCAUCCCCCUUAGCUUUAUAUUAUCUUCUCCCUCUCUUCUUCUUCUCCUUCUUCUCCUUCUUCUAAUCUAUCAACCCAAAUGAGAGAGCAAGAGGCCAUGGAGAGCAAGUGUGGCUGCUGGGCUGUUCUUCGGCGCAGUGUUAGAGGUGCCUGCAGAUCCUCUGAUUCCAAGAACUCUCCCAACUCUAUACCCAGAACUAGUCUUGUCUAUGAUGCUGCAACCGAGACACGAUAUCUUAAUGCCAGCAACAGGGAGAUGAGUGCACCAGAUGAAGCCCGAGACUCUUCUGAUAAUCAGGCACCCGAGGCGAAAAACAAAGUGCCCCGCAAAUUACUUGAGUUCAGCUUUCAAGAACUUAAAUCUGCAACGGGGAACUUCAGGCCGGAUAGUAUUCUUGGCGAGGGUGGAUUUGGGUAUGUCUUCAAAGGGUGGAUAGAGGAGAACGGGACUGCUCCAGCGAAACCGGGCUCGGGAGUUACUGUGGCAGUCAAGAGUUUGAAGCCCGAUGGCCUUCAAGGCCAUAGAGAAUGGGUGGCAGAAGUGCACUUCCUUGGACAGCUUCACCAUCCCAAUCUCGUGAAGCUAAUUGGAUAUUGCAGCGAGGAUGAUCAAAGGCUGCUCGUGUAUGAGUUUAUGACCCGUGGAAGCCUCGAAAAUCAUCUUUUCAGAAGGACCAUACCUCUCCCCUGGUCGAGCAGGAUCAAAAUUGCCCUCGGUGCAGCCAAAGGUCUAGCUUUUCUCCAUGCAGGCACUGAACCCGUCAUUUAUAGAGAUUUCAAGACAUCAAACAUUUUGCUUGAUUCGGAAUAUAACGCCAAGCUCUCCGAUUUUGGCUUGGCAAAAGCCGGUCCUCAAGGAGACAAAACACACGUUUCAACGAGAGUUGUUGGCACAUAUGGCUAUGCUGCUCCAGAAUACGUGAUGACAGGACACUUGACUGCAAAGAGCGAUGUUUAUAGCUUCGGGGUUGUGCUAUUGGAAAUUUUAACGGGCAGGAGGUCGAUGGACAAGAAGCGGCCGAGUGGAGAACAGAACCUCGUUACAUGGGCGAGGCCAUAUUUAGCUGACAAACGAAAGGUGUACCAAGUAGUAGACCCCCGGCUCGAGCUCAACUACUCGGUUAAAGGGGUGCAGAAGGUGUCACAGAUAGCUCACGUAUGUCUAAGCCGGGACUCCAAAUCACGCCCUUCAAUGGAAGAAGUCGUGAAGGCCCUCACCCCGCUUCAGGAUUUCAACGACCUGGCUAUUCUGUCCAACAACGCCCGCAUAAUUCAGUCGGGAAGGCGCAAGAAGAAGCCCGAAGGGAUGCAUUCGCAGCAGAUGAACUAUAAUAAGCAAUGCAGGAGCAUAAGGGAAUCUCCCCUCCACUCUGCAGGUAGGCAUCCUUGUAAGUAAUGUAUGUAUGUUCUCCAUAGGGGUGAGAUGAAGCCUCAAAGCUCUACUUUGAGGGAAACAUUAUUGUCAUUUGAAAACCUUAAAAUUCUAUUCUAAUUACUGAUGUGGAAUGCUUAGCUUUCUGUGUUUCUGUC